GUUGCAGACGCCUCAAAGAAAUAUACAUUUUUUUCUUCGAAAAUUGCAAUAGGUUUAAAGUUGAAAGAUAAUUGAUGUGUCCUGAAUUAUAGGUUUAAAAAAUGGUUAAACAGAACAGAAAAAGACACAAGUCUACAGAUAGUUCAUCUUCCAGAACAGAACAUGAUAGUAUCAACAAAAAUGAGAAAGAGAAUGAAAUUGUGGUUACACCAAGAACAUUAAGAAAAAGGAACAGUAGAAAGACAGAAAUGAAAGAACCAGGAAUAGAUGAUGGAGAGAAUUCAUCUCAGAUUUCUGAAAAUGGGGCUAAUGAAUCAGAUCAAAGUUCAAUAACUGAAACAAAGACGGAAUUAACAAAGGUGAGAGUCCCAAAAGAAUUAGAUGAAGAAGAGGUACUUCAGACUGAAAAGUCUUUAAGUGUGGUAAAGGAGGAAGAAAAGCUACUAAUGCAGAAAUCUUCAGAAAAGCCAAAUAGGGAAUCCCCAAGUCACAUAAAGUUAACAAAGACCAAGAUGCUGACACCUAAGAAGUCAAAAGAUCUAUCCGAUCAAGCAGAACAACCAUCACCAAAAAAGUCAGGUGUGUCAAAAAAAAGUGUAAAGCUAUUAGAAAAGUUAUUGGAUGAGUCACCUAAAAAAGAUGUUCUGCUAAAGGAAAAUAAUUUGGAUGACUCUACUAGGGAAGAUAUGCUACUGCGUGAAAAGUCACUAGAUUUUUACACUAGAGCAGAGAAACUUGAAUCUAAAAAGUCUUCAGAACUGCCUAAAAUGUCAGAGACACUUGAAUCCAAAACGUCAUCAGAUGUGUCAAAUAAGAAAGAGACAGCUGUAUCUAAACACCUAAAAAGAAAACAUAGGAAGAUAACAACUUCCUCUAAUGAUACAGUCAUGGAUGUGUUUGAUAAAGCAAUUACAAUAUGUAUUGAAGACGAGGAAUCUGAUGAAGAUGCUGAGAAACAUAACCAUGAACAGGUUCACAGAAGUAAAAGAAGUUUUAAAGACAUAGCUGAACUUAAUAAGAAAAUAGGAGAAACUGAAGUUAAAUCUGAGGAGAAGGCUGAUCAUGUUGAGAGUAAAAGACGGAAAAAAGAUGGAGAUGAACAGAUGAUGACUCUGGCUGAUUAUCAUAUGUCACAGGAAGGUAGGAAAACAAAUUCAGAGAGGAGAUUUACACGGCAAACCCACUCUGACGAUAGUAAUCUUGAUGAGGAUGAUGAUCAUUCUAUAGAUAACAUUAUACCUAGUAUUCAGUCAGAUCCUGUUCUACAUCAACACCAAGAACAAGUAUCUAGGCAGUACCAAGGUUUUCCACGACCAGUUGAUAGUCACGAUGAGGAUGCUAUAGCAGCUGCCAAACUGAUGACAGAUAUGGCCUCUUGUAGAAACAUAUCAUAUGCACCACAUUCCAAUGGUGCAGAAACUCACGUCACUAAUUCACGAUAUGGUUAUUGUAGUUCUGUAGACCAUGGGGAAGUGUACCCUAGACCUAAUUAUCAUGGAAACUACCCUCUCCAGGCAAUGUAUGGACAAAGUCCAUCGUCCACAUGGCAACCAAACAUGUUUGGACAACCAGUACAGGAUCCCUAUGGUCAGUGGGAAGGAAAUUUUCAAAAUAUAGCUAUGUAUGAUAGCAAUAAUAACAUAAUCAACCAAGGUCACCCACCAUUUCAAAGUCCAGAAAACACACCGUAUGGAAAUAUGGGAAUGCCCGUAAGGAUGUCAGGGAGUAAUACAAGUCAACAUAGGAUGUCAUAUGAAUAUGACGAUGAGGCUAGAUUGCCACCAGAUUAUAGAAAUUUUCACCCACUACCUAUGGGUGUACCACUAGAUUAUUCUGUACCAAGAGCAGGCAUUCCAGGACAAAAUAUUCCAUUUCAAGAAGUAGGUAACGUUCCAAUGGAUUGCAGAAGACAAGUCAGAAAGAUUGUUCUGUUGGAUCAGAAACAUGGUAAACCUAACUUUGAAGAUGAUGGUAGCAGUCCAACAAAAAGAAGAAAACGAUCAAGACAACAACAAAUCCCACAAGAGUCUGUAGCUAACUAUGAUGAAAUUGUGAAAAAUCUGUUUGUUCCUGCACCACCAACAAAGACCGUCUUGAUUCAUCCAAAAUUUAUGUCAAAGGAUCGUGGGUCCAAAGUGGACGUUGAUCCAACUCAUGUAAGAUCAAUCAGUCACAGAGGUCUUAUACGUAAAUAUAUUGACUACCUCCUGAUGGAGAAUGAGUAUAUUACAGAAAUAUCUAAAGCUGUUUCCCUUCCUAUGGAUAACUGUGUCAUGGACGAUCCAUAUCUGAUGGAUGUUAUCAGAGUGAAAAUACCAUUUCCUACACCUAAGUAUAUGCAGUUUCUCAAAGAUUUUUACCCUGCUAUACAAGUUGAUUGGAAAGCAUUAAAUCAUCAGUUAGAUAAAUAUAGAUCUGGAGGUGAUGGUGCAGAGAAGUUCCACUCUUAUUAUCUCGAUAAUCGUGCUGUACCAGUUUUGCUAGGAGAGGCUUUCUACUUUUUCCAGAGGGAAGGUGAUCGGAAAGUAAUGGAAGAGAAAAAGAAGUGUUAGAAAAAAUAGAGACUAUGUUUAACAUCUUUAUUACAGCCACUUAAAAUAUUGAGAAAUGCAAAGUUGUAUAUUGUGUUUAGUUUUCAGUUUGUAUUUUGUUAUAUUUUGAGACAGAGGGUCAUCUGAUGAACCUUUAGAUAAGCAUUGCUUUCAAUUCCCUUCAUUCACCAUUGGCAAAACAUAUGACCAAGUUAAGAAUCCUAACCAGUAAUGGUAGAAAAAGGAAAGGAAAAUACUUUUUCAAUCUAUGACUGGACAUGUUUCUCUGCAGGUAAAAUCAAGAUCAAAGUCAAAACUAUAUCAGACGUCACAAAAAAAAAAGAAUUUAAGUGACUUUUUCUUCAAAUCUUAUUCUUAUUUGAUGUUUAGUACUGGGUUUUAAAAUAAAUUGCUUAUUUCUGAUGAAAAUAAAUUAUACUUUUGCCUCUUGCAUGUCUUUUUAAUUUGUCAUGAAAUGUACUAUGUAUGUAAUAGCCAGAUAAAGAGCUCAUUUGUACAUAUAUAAUGCUCAUGUGACAUUUUAGUUAUUGCAAAAUCAAAUUAUAGAUAUUUUUAGUAAACUAGUAUAUGAUUUAUACAUGUUUUAUUUUCAAAUUUUCAAAUUUGAUCUUUUUCAUUCACUCAAAGUGCUUUAUAAGUGUCUUGUUUGUACUAGAGUUGUGCUAUACGUUAUUUAUUAUUUAUUGGCAUGCCUUAAUUUUUGUUUUAUUUGUUACUGUAUAUAUUUAUAUAACCGGUGAAAAGCUCAUCAAAGGUUUUUAAUUUGUUUGAAAUGUUUGUCAAUAAUGAAUUAUAAUUUAAACUUCAUUGACAAAUGUCAUCAAUAAAGUUUGAAUAGUUAUUGACCUAAUAUUAAUUUUUAUUCAAACUUAAGUGCCACAGCUAGCCUUCAUAAGAAUCAUCCAAUUUAGAAAAUUCCAAAACAUGGGCAAAAACAAAAAACCAAUAAAACCAGUCUAUUUUGAAGGCAUUAUUACCCGAGUUAGAAAUAGAGUCAGUCAUUUAAAGACCUAUCAACCAUAUCAAAUAUGUUGAGGUAUACCCAUCUGCAGAUUUACCAAUAAACAUCUGAUCCUCAGCUUUUAUUGUAUAUACUUUCAAUAAUGCAGAUGGGCAACUGAACAAUUUCUAAGGCUAGUAUUUAAGUAUGUAACUGACUUAAUUGUUGGAAAAGAGAGGCAAAAGAUACCAGAAGGAUAGAGCCAUAACACACAAUAGUCGUAAGCUCCAGAUCACAUAUUUUUUUUGGGGUAUAUUUGCAGAUAUGAAAAGUCAAUGUAUAUGAUAUGGUUGAUUCUUCUUUAAAUGACAGACCUCUAAUAGAAGGACUUUUGUUUCUCACUCAGCUUGUCUGUUAAUUCUAGAAAUAGCUAGACACUGUCUGGUUGGAAUUACUGAGUUAUCUCCCCUCGAGUAUUAAUUUCUAGUGCAUUUCACUCAAAUUACAUCUCAAAUUGACAGAACAGAGAAAUGAAAGGAAUGUCAUAUUCAUGCACCAUGAGGUCCAAGACCACAAUUAUUUCGUAGUGCAUUUCUUUUAGAACAUAAAUGAAAAUAAAAGAUAUCCCACCUGUGCUUUCUCAAAGAAACUUUUACAAGUGUGUUGUACUACUUUUAGGACAAAUUAUAUCAAAAUUAUAGAAAACUUCAUCGGCUCUAUUUCAAAAUAUGGACAAUUUUAUGUUUAGGGUGUCUUGAAAUUUUUUGACAGCUUCCGAAGUUUUGAUUUUCAACCUUUUUCAGCUAAACCAAAUCACUACUUUCCUUUAAAAUUCUGAACCCAAUUUUUUUUACAGCGUAAUUUCACCCACCUACUAUCAAUUUGACGCAUUAAACAUGGAGAAAUAAAUUUGGAAGGGGUAUAAAAAUUAAUGGCAAGUAACCCACUGUCCACACUAGGGACUAUAUUCGUGAACAACAAAAAUCAAGGGACGACAAUUGUGGUCUCUGACCAUGAAACACUCUGAACUAAAUAAUGUAAAGUUGGGCAGGUUUUUGUUCGACAUGUUUAAUGCACCACUGUCUGAUUUUUGUGGUAGAUCAAGGACAUUAUACUAGUUAUUCGUCCUUAGGUAGAUUGGCCAAUUAAAGUUUAAUCAAUUUUAAGUGAUUUGAAUUAUCUGAACAAUAUUGUAUUGUUUUAACAGUACCUAUACAAUUAAUACAACUUUUCUUUCAUAUGAUAAGGGAGAUAAUCAGCAUACAUUUUUUUUUAAAUAAAACAAUUUUCCUUAUUCUGUUAAAACAUUUGAUUCACCAAAUAUUAGAAUGUUAAAAUAGAAAGAGGUGAUUUCAAAUACAUUUCGCUGACUACUGUUGCAGUUGCCAAUCUCUGUAUAUAUGUCUCUGAUUAAUUUUUGACUUCUCAAUUCAUGAAAUAAAGCCAGAUGUAUAUUCAUCACAUAUUGGUAGUUGACUUUAGAGUAUCUUAGUAAUUAGUUAGUUUGUUAAUCAUUUGCUGAGAAAGCAUGAUGUAUUACUUAUUAAGUCUGUAUAAUGUAAAAUAUUAUGGUUUUAAUUAAGUUAUUAUUUAUUUAGUUUUGAAUUGUUAUUGAUUUCAACUGCAUGAAAUUACAGCAAUAGACUGUUCCUAUUUGUUAUCCAAUCAAAUGAUGCAUUGUAUUUAUAUUUUCUAAGAAUUGUGCAUAUCCUAUAAAAUUUAAACAAUUUUCCAUUAUGUUUCCAUUAUGUUUUAUAUAAACUUAAACAAACUUUCUUUCAUAAGCUUUUUAGCACCUCUGCAUUGUUUUCCAUCAUUCUUAUUAACUUCAAUCUACACCAAAAAAAACUUUUUUUCA